GCUCAUAAGUAGUUGGCAAGACGAGCUUUUCUUCUAUUUUAAUAUGUCCAAUAACAUUUAAAUGAUAAGAGAGAGAAAGCAUCACAGACAAAAAUCUCUGAUACAAAGACUCAAACAUUGCCUAGAUAACAAGAAAAGCACAAACCCAUAAUCUUCCCUUACCAUUAAUCAAAUAUAAACCAGAAUGAUGCUUAGUUCCACAUAUUGAUACCUUACUAGCCAUCUCAGUUCAUUAACUUCACAUACCCAUGAAACAAAUCCUUAUAGAGUUCAGUUACAAGCUAUACAUCCUUGAAAACUUUUGAGAAUUGUUCUUACUGAAGUGAAGAGAGAGUCAGUUUUCAAGAAGAUGAGGACUGGAAUCUGCAGUGUGCAGCAGGCCCUUACUGCUGAGGCUGCAAAUGUAACUAAACAAGCUGUUAGCCUCGCCAGGCGACGAGGCCAUGCCCAAGUCACUCCGCUCCAUGUCGCAAGUGCUAUGCUUGCUUCUCCCAAUGGCCUUCUUAGAAGGGCUUGCCUUCAUUGUCACUCCCAUCCUCUCCAGUGUAAGGCCCUAGAGCUUUGCUUCAAUGUGGCUCUAAAUCGCCUCCCUGCGUCGACUUCUAGUGCUCUAUUAGGGCCUCACUCCUCUUAUCCUACUCUGUCCAAUGCCUUGGUUGCUGCCUUUAAGCGUGCUCAGGCUCACCAACGGCGAGGUUCCAUUGAAAACCAGCAGCAGCCAAUUUUAGCUGUGAAGAUAGAGCUACAGCAGCUAACAAUCUCUGUUCUUGAUGAUCCUAGUGUUAGUAGAGUCAUGAGGGAAGCUGGUUUCUCGAGUACCCAAGUUAAGAACAAGGUAGAAGAAGCUGUUUCUUUGGAGAUCUGUUCUCAAAGUACUACUCCCACAAGUUGCCAGUCUAAAGAAAUGACUAAACCUCAAGUUUUCAGUACUAGCAGUGUGUCUCAAUCUCUAACUUUCAGUUACUAUGGAGCCAAGCCUUUAGAUCAAGUUAGUAACAAUGAUGAUGUAAUGACAGUUCUGAACACAUUAGCAGAGAAAAAGAGAAACACAGUUGUUAUAGGAGAGUGUCCAUCUAGUACUGAGAGUGUCGUUAAAGGAGUCAUGGACAAGAUUGAGAAAGGUCUUGCUCCUUUGGAGUUGAGGUCUAUGAGGUUCAUAAGUUUUCCUCUUAUCUCUUUGAAAUAUCUUCCAAAAGAGGAGGUUGUGCAGAAGCUUUUUGAGCUUAGGUGCACUGUAAAAAGCUAUAUCAGUAGAGGGGUUGUUUUGUAUAUGGGUGAUCUCAAAUGGGUUUCUGAUUUUUCGUCAAACUAUGGUGAUCAGCAAAAGGGAAGCUACUACUGCUCUUUGAAUCACAUAAUCAUGGAGAUUAAAAGAUUAGUUCGUGGAAUUGGCGAAACUGGAAGAUUGUGGCUGUUGGGAGCUGCAACUUUUGAAACUUAUAUCAAGUGCAAAGAAGGCCAACAUUCUCUUGAGGCUAUUUGGGAGCUACAUCCUCUCACAAUUCCCGUGGGAAGCCUGAGCCUGAGUCUUAAUCUUGACAGUGAUCCGCAAUAUUCCUCCACAAGCAAGGCAUCUGCCUAUGGAUAUAGUUGGCCACUGCUUGAAUCAGCAGUUGAUACCUCAACUUGCUACACAGAUUGCUCAAUCAAUUUCAAUAGAGAGCCUUCCAAUGUCCAGAACAAGGAGCUUACUACCAACCUCACAGUUUCCACUAGCUCAAGCUUGCCUCCAUGGCUCCAACAGCACAAGGAAGAGACCAGAAGAAUCACCAUUGACGAUAAGGAAUGUACUGAUACCAGUCGUCUCAGCAAGAAAUGGAACUCAUUUUGUAGUUCAGUUGACAAAGAGCCUUAUUAUCCUGAGAAAACCAUAAAAUUUGCUUCAUCUCCCCCUUCACCCAUCUCAAUAUCUUCCCAAGAGUGCAACACCAACGUAAAUCAUUCACAUUUAAGCUGGCCAGUCAUUUUCAAGCCAAAGCAGUUUCCUAAAGAGCAGAAGAUUUGGAUGCCUGAAUGUAUCAAUGAAGACUCUGAAAGCAAUUUGAUUAAUAUCCCCAAACCAGAACUUUUAUCAAAUCCUAAUUCUAGCCCAAAUUCAGCUUCUUCAAGUGAGGCUAUGGAUGACACAGAAGGCCUGCAAAGCUUCAAGGAGUUCAAUGAUCAAAAUAUGAAGAUUCUAUGUAAUAGCUUGGAGAAAAAGGUUCCCUGGCAAAAAGAUAUUAUUCCUGAAAUCGUAAACACAAUCUUGGAGUGCAGGUCUGGAAAUAGCAAGAGAAAAUGCAAGCCAAAUCAUGGAGAAGCAAAGGAGGAAACUUGGCUGUUUUUCUUAGGUGUUGAUUCUGAAGGAAAGGAGAAAAUUGCAAGGGAGUUGGCUAGACUAGUUUUUGGCUCUCAAGCCAACUACACAUCAAUAGGUGUAAGCAAUUUCUCAUCAACAAGAGCUGAUUCAACUGAGGAACUCAAGAACAAGAGAGCAAGAGAUGAAAUGGGUAGCAGCUAUCAUGACAGAUUUGGCCUGGCCUUGAAUGAGAAUCCACACCGAGUGUUCUUCAUGGAAGAUUUGGAGCAAGUUGAUUAUUAUUCUCAAAAGGCUAUCAAACAAGCCAUUGAAAGUGGAAGAGUAGAACUUCCUGGUGGUGAAACUGUUCCACUCAAAGACGCCAUUAUCAUUUUCAGCAGCGAAAGUUUCAGCUCUGUGUCAAGAGCUUGUUCGCCUCUAAGAAGAUUUAAAACUGGUGACGAAUCAGAAGAGCAAAAUUCAGUUGUCUCACUUGACUUGAAUAUUGCCAUUGAAGUUGAUGAUCACGAAGAUGAAAAUUCAAAUAUUGCUGACAAUGGAAUACUGCAAAUUGUGGAUAGGCAAAUUAUUUUCAAAAUCCAAGAAAUGUGAUAGGAUAGGAGAGGGUAUAUUUGAUAGAUAUUUGGUGAUGGGGGCAAUUUUCCUUUUUUUUUUUUCUUUUUUUUAAUAUUUUGGUAUAUUUUCUUUUUAAUUUGGUAGGGGUGUGGGAGGAGUUCACAGGAUUUAGAAUGAAGCUUUUGUUGUGUUCUCUUCUUAAUAUGUAUUAACUUAGGCUGUUACAUGUAAAAGAUUAACGCACUUCUAAACAUAGUAUUUUUGUCUUUGAUUUUA